AAUUUAAAAGAAUUGUCUUUUUUAAUUUAACAAACAUUUUUCUAUCAAAUAGCAACUGAUCAAGAGGGAGCAUUUUGUGUAGCCUAACCAUUUUCCACAAUGGACAGUGAGUUUGGACUGAAGAGCAGCAGCCUCAUCAGAGAAUGGAGUGGACAUGUCCAGCCUGCUCUAGUGGCCACUUUUGUGUUCCUCUUCUGUUUGGAAGCCUGUCUGUGGGUCAGGAACCUGCGGCUCAAGAGGAGACUGCCCGGACCCUUUGCCUGGCCAGUGGUGGGCAACGCCAUGCAGCUGGGACAGAUGCCCCAUAUCACCUUUGCCAGGCUGGCCAAGAAGUAUGGGAAUGUGUACCAGAUCCGCCUGGGCUGCAGUGACAUUGUGGUCCUGAACGGAGACAAGGCCAUCCGUCAGGCUCUCAUUCAGCACAGCGCUGAGUUUGCAGGCAGACCAAACUUUGUAUCGUUCCAGAUGAUUUCUGGAGGAAGGAGUCUGACUUUUACUAAUUAUGGCAAACUGUGGAAAGUACAUAGGAAAAUUGCCCAAUCCAGCUUGCGAGCGUUUUCCUCUGCAAACAGUCAAACUAAAAAAGCCUUUGAGCAGCACAUCACAGCGGAGGCCAUGCAGCUUGUGCAGAUGUUUCUGCAGCAAAGUGCAGAUGGACAAUAUUUUGACCCAUCUCAAGAAUUCCCAGUAGCUGCUGCUAAUGUCUUGUGUGCCUUGUGCUUCGGCCGGCGCUACAGCCAUGAUGACCUAGAGUUCAGGACUCUGCUGAAGAAAGUGAAUAAGUUUGGAGAGACCAUUGGCGCUGGCAGCUUGGUAGACGUCAUGCCCUGGCUGCAGUCUUUCCCUAACCCUGUGCGUAGUGUCUAUGAAAACUUCAAAAGCCUUAAUGAGGACUUCUACUCAUUUGUAAAAAAUAAAGUUGGGCAACACAGAGAGACUUUUGACCCAGAAGUGACCCGGGACAUGAGCGAUGCCAUCAUAAAUGUGAUUGAGUAUGGCAAGUAUAGCGGACUAAGCAAAGAGUUUGUGGAGGCAACAGUGACAGAUUUGAUUGGAGCAGGUCAAGACACUGUAUCCACAGCCAUGCAGUGGAUCGUCCUUCUCCUGGUCAAGUAUCCAGACAUUCAGGCCAAACUGCACACUGUCAUUGACAAGGUGGUGGGCCCAGACAGGCUGCCGACACUCGAGGACAGGCACAGCAUGCCCUACUUGGAUGCUUUCAUCUAUGAGACCAUGCGCUUCACCAGCUUUGUCCCAGUCACUAUCCCUCACUCCACAACAGCAGAUGUCACUAUUGAAGGCCUGCAUAUUCCCAAAGACACGGUAGUCUUCAUCAACCAGUGGUCAGUAAACCAUGACCCUCUCAAGUGGACAGACCCUCAGAUUUUUGACCCCACACGUUUCCUGGACGAGAAUGGAGCUCUAGACAAGGACCUAACCAAUAGUGUCAUGAUUUUCUCCACGGGUAAAAGACGCUGCAUUGGUGACCAGAUCGCUAAAGUUGAAGUGUUUUUAUUCACAGCCAUUCUGCUGCAUCAGUGCUGCUUUGAAAGUGACCCCUGCACUGUGAUCUCAUUGGACUGCUCCUAUGGGCUGUCACUGAAGCCCCUCCAGUUCUAUCUGAGAGCCAAGCUGAGGGGAAAGCUGCUGGGCUUAGUGUCCCCGGCAUGAACAGCCUGUUCUCAUACUGUGACAUUUAGCACCAAUGAGUAUGGACAUGUCUGCACUAAAGCUUAUUGUUGUAAAAUGCUCAUUUUAAAUGUGAUUAUUUCGUCCAGUGGGACUUGUGUUUGAACUAUAUUGAAAUAGAUUUAAAUAGUAUAAACAGUUCUUGUAGACGGUCAGUAAGUAUUCAGUGUAUGCACCACAAACAUCUUAAUACUUGAUCAUAGCCUGUUUGUGUGUUGUAUAUUAUUUUAUUAGUGCAUACCAGCAAAAUUGAAACUACCACUAAAAUGUCUAAGGUUUGCUGUGAUGUCAAUGUUGUUUGUGAAUAUUUACAAUUGAUUAUUAUGAACAGUAAUAUGUUUUUAUGUGUUUUAAUCAUUGUCACGUUCAACAUUAGAUCGAAAUGUUAUGAUGUUCAGGUAUAUUUACAAUAUAAUGUCAUGUAUCUACUGUACCAGAAAUAUAUGAAGACAUUUAUAAGACUAUACUGAGGAGUGGGGUGUUUUUUACUGAAGUCGGGGAAAGAUAAUGAGUUUUUACAGCAUUUGGAUUUAAAUUUUUGCAGUCAGAGUCCAUCCCAGAAACUGUGGAAUGUUUACAAAUAAAGAAUUUUGAAGCUAUAUCAUUUCUCAUUUCAGUUGAAACAACAGAAAUGAGAUUACACUGACAAGUUUUUCUGUUUUUGAAAGGUGACAGUACCUUGUUGAUCUUGGAAUGUUAUAUAUGCAUUCAAAAUAAUAUUCUGUUAAUUAAGUGCUGAAAUGUUUAGUGAGAAAUAAGCUAUAUCUGAAAUGAAUCAAUAAAGAAAAGGGUGAUUAUCUUUGAA